GUCACCUUUCCAUCAACGCUGGGACUCUGGUGGACCAAUCCGCGCCAAGCUCUUUAUCUCCCUCCAGAAACGGGAAGCGGCUAUAUUUUCUUCAUCCAACAUGCUCUUUUUCAGUUUCGCUUUUGACUCCUUUGCGGCCAAGCAUUGCAGAAACUGGGCCGGAACAGGAAAAAGGACCUUUUCUAACUGGAAUCCAUCAGCAUCCUGAUCACCACAGAAUGGGAAACAGAAAUAGUGCUAAACCGCCAACCUCUUCAACAGUCCCUACAUCAAGGACUGUGGGAGGCAUGAUCCAUAACCUUCAGGAAGACAUCAUAUGUUCCAUCUGUCUGGAGUCCUUCAAAAACCCCGUCUCCAUUGAUUGUGGGCAUAAUUUCUGUCAAGACUGUUUGUUUACUCACUGGAAUGUUUCCUUGAACUCUCAGUACCGUUGCCCUGAAUGCCGCCAUCUCUGCCACCCUGAGCGGAUGUACCUAGAUGCACGGCUGAAGCGUUUGGUGGAAAAAAUUAAACAGCUUCAUCUCCUGGAAGAGGUCAAAAAGAAGAUGCCAACAACUUCAUCAGUGUUGGGGCAGCCAGUACAGCUAGUGAGUUUGGAUGACAAUGGGAAUCUCUAUUUGGAUGCAGAGGCUCUAAGUAGCUGCUUAGAGCAGGAAGAGGUGAAAGAUACUCCUGUCUGCUUGAUUUCCACCAUUGGGGAACAACGGCGGGGUAAAUCUUUCUUGCUCAAUUUCCUCCUGCGGAAGCUUAAAAACCUAGCUGCUACAGAUAACUCUUGGAUGGGCCAAGAAGAUGAGCCACUGACAGGUUUUGAAUGGCAUCCAGGAAUUAACUGCAUCACCAAAGGGAUAUGGAUAUGGAAUCAGCCGUUUUUGGUUCCUAGUGAAAAUGGAAAGGUAGCCUUGUUCUUGAUUGACACCGAGGGCUCAAUGGAUAUAGAGAGAAGCAUGGAAAAUAGUGUCAAGCUUUCAGCUUUCUCUAUGCUGCUUAGCUCCUAUCAGAUUCUCAAUUUGUCCCACAUGCUGAAGGACCCAGACCUGGAAUACUUGGAAAUGUUUCUGCACGUAGCGGAGAGCGUGGGCCGUCAGUACAAGCUGAAGCCUAUUCAGCAUCUUGAUCUCUUGGUGCGUGACUGGGUCUACCCCGCAACCUAUGGAUUCCAGGGGGGACAGGAUUACCUCCAAGAAAUCCUCCAGAGGCUGAAGGGUCAACCUAGCCGGCAUCCACAAGUCCUGCAGACACUCAAAAGCACCAACAGUCGUUGUUAUCUGAUGCCCUACCCUGGCAAGAAGUUGGUGAUGGGCACAGAAGGCACCAUAGCAGACAUGGAUGAGGAUUUUAGGGAAUGCCUGAAGAAUUAUGGCAAUGAUAUUGCCAGAUCAGCUAGAAUGCACAUAAAGAGAAAUCAGGACAGCAUACCACUCACUGGGACACAACUUGCUAUCAAGAUAAAGGAUUUGUCAGAUCUCAUGAAACAAUAUCAUUUUGGUUUUUCCUCACCCAUACAGAUGGCCAACACCUUCAACCUGAACACCAAGGAACAAUUACAGAAGCAAUUUACAAAGUUCAUCCAAGAGCAGGAACAACUUUCACGCUCAUUGAUCACAAGCCUACGAGUGACCCCAGCCUCAAUGACUAAGCGUGUUCAGGAGAAGCAGCAGAAGCUACUCCAAGAGUGCAAUGACUUACUUCAGGGUGAUGAGCCAUGUCGGACCGAUAUUGUCUCGUGUCUGGAGAACUACCUCCAAUGUGAGGCUAAAGAUUUCCUGGAAUAUUACACCCGCCGUUACAAACCCCAUGCCAUCAAAGCUGGCAUAGCCAUCGGGGUGGGUGCUGUGGGUUUAGCUGGUGGGGCUGUGGGAGCUGGUGUGGCAGCCGCCUUGUUGGCAGCAGAAGCCAUUGUGCUGAGCACUGGUGCUGCUGCUACUUUUGCGAUUGGGACCGUGGCUGGGGCAGGCACGUUGGCGCUUGUUGGGGGAGGAGUAGGAGCUGGUGUGGGGAACAGGAUAGGGAAUGCUAAGGUCCAAGAAGUCAGGAAUAUGGCUGAAGAUAAUAAUGAGGUUGAAGAAGAAGAGGAGGUGAAUCCGUCGGAUGAGAGGAAUCUUAUUAGCUCUUAAAAGUUGGAGCCCAUACCUCUUCUUGCAAAGAACGUGUGCCUGCCAUAAAGACGUAAAUCCCAGGAGUCUAGUCUCAUGUGCACCCCUUUGUCCCAAGAGCUAUGAAGAAUUGGUCACUCAUUAUGUGGCCAUUCUGGGAUAGCAGUAAAAUAGCAUAGUUCCUACACAAAGAUUUGCACUAGUGACAAUAAAAGACAAAGGGAACAUGCUUUGUCUAGUGGUAAUUAAAAUAAUAAUGAUUUCUUCUGUGUCUCUCCCUCCCUUUUUGAGGGGGGGCAGGCCCCAAUGAAUUACCAAUCCAUUUACAGUCUAUGUCUCUCAUUAGCCUUAGCUGUAGACAUGGAGCUACUUGCAGAUAUCCAUUCUUUGGGUGAAAAUCUAAAGCAAUAUAUUAUGGGCUUUGUUGUCAUCUCAGAUAUAUCACAAAAGGCCAUUCCUUCACCCUUUGCAGAAAGAAUGUGACACUGCCCGUGUGACACCUUUCCUAUGGAACUGAAUUAAAGGUGCAAUUCGAGGUUCUGGUGGUCACCUUUAAAGCAGUACAUGACCAAGUCGGCUCUGCUGGUCCAGUAAGAUCAGGGAGAGAAGGCAUGUUAAGGGUCUCUGUGCUGAGAGAAUUUCAUCUUCAUGGACGCCAUUCCUGAGCCUACUCAGUGGUAACAACCUCUUUUGCAAACACCUCCCCCAGGAUAUAAGGACUGUUCCUUCCCUGUAACUUUUCAGAGAGUUUUAGAGGCUCUUCUGGAGCAUAUUUAAGGGAAAGAUGAAAUGUUGGGCGAUAGGAACCGUAUGUUGUUCUUUGUGGUUCCAUGUUUUUAAGUUGUACUACUAUAAUAGAUUGUACCAGUGAUUGGAGAAGAACUAGAAAUCUCUGUGGAUGAUGAUGAUGAUGAUGAUGAUGA